AUGUCAAAAUCUAAUAAAUCAAUACAAUUUAAUGAAAUUGGAGAUUCAACAGUUUUAAAGGUGGUAGACACAGUGAUACCAGAGUUGAAACCCAAUGAAGUUUUAGUAAAGAUUGACGCUGUAGGAUUGAAUAGAGGUGAAAUCCUCUAUAGAAAUGGAACUUUCUUUAAUGGAAGUUUCCCUUCAGGUGUUGGUGCUGAAGGCUCUGGAGUCGUGGAAUCAGUUGGAAGCGAUGUUACCAAAUUUAAAGCUGGUGAUCGUGUAGCAUCAGUUGCGAAUUUCAUGUUAUCACAAUACUCAACCAAUCAUCACUAUUCAGUAUUAUCCGAGAACAAUCUCACCACUAUUCACCCAUCGAUCGAUCAAUUACAAGCUGCCUCUAUCUACUCCAGCUAUAUUACAUCUUAUUUUGCUUUCACCGAGUGUUCCAAAGUUAAAUCUGGUGACUUUGUACUUAUUACUGCUGCCAGUUCAGGUUCUGGAGUCGGGGCAAUUCAAAUGGCACAAGCUUUGGGUGCAAAAGUGAUAGCAGUCAGUCGAUCACAAGAGAAGUGUAGAAAACUCUUGGAAUUGGGUGCCGAUUUCGCUGUUACCUAUGAUAAUCUCGAAGAUAAAGUCAGAGAGAUAACAAACAAUCAAGGUGUCAAUGUAGUGUUUGAUGCAGUUGGUGGCUCUUUAUUCAACUCUCUUGCCAACACAACUGCAAUGGGUGCCGUAAUGAUAAUCUAUGGAGGCUUAGCAAAGGAGCUAGUUACACCAUUCCCAGUGAUGCAAGCAAUGAUGAAAGGAUUAGAGGUAAAAGCAUUUGUAGUAUUUAGAUAUUCAGCCAAUCCACAAUCACUCGAGAAAUGUUUAACUACCAUUCACCAAUUCAUUGAUGAAGGUAAACUAUUAAAGUCACCACUCAUCGGUAAGGUAUUCAAAGGUAUUGAAAGUGUUCCUAGUGCUCACGAUUAUUUAGAAAACAACCAAGAAUCAUUUGGAAAAGUUCAAGUUUAUUCAUAUUUUUUCGAUUUAAUUGUUUGUCCAUUAAAUAAAAUUGUUGAUGAUAAGGUUGAUUGA